UCUUGUCUGUCAACUCGGAAUGGCCAUUUCUGUGCCAUCACAAGGCGACUCCAGUGUGUGUACCUGGCAUCACCCCCCCUCCCCCGCCUUAAAUGGAACCGGCAUUAACCCUGACCUUGCAUCCCGGCUCCUGAAGCCCAAACGCCACUUCUCUAAGGUCUGCUUGCUGGGUGACCAGCGCGCGGCACAGAGGGGAUCCCACGGCCAUCUUCUAGCAAAGGGCAGCGCUUGGGCUGGGGGGAGGAGCAGCCUGGUAGGUUCGCGGGCACCGAGGGCGGCCCAGCUCGGAGCCCUGCGGCUUUCGCCCGCCGGAGCGAGAGCCGGCUGUAGGCGGCUCCUUCCUGUGCAAACUUUUCUGUCCUCUUCCUCCUCCCGCCCGCCCCACGAGCUUCUCGGCGCCCAGCGUCCAGGCUCCCCGCCCUUGGCGCUGCCUCGGGGUCGCCGCGUCCCUCGGCGCCGGCCCCACCCCGCGCUCUCGGCCGGCCGCCGCCUGAAGCCGAUGGCCGAGGCGGGCAGACGCUCCGUGGAGCCCCUGGGCGGGCCCGCCGGGCCGGCAGCGGCCGAGGCCCCCGAGCCCCAGGAGCCCGCCCCGCGGCCGGCGACGGCCCUGCGCAGGCUGCCCGGGGACCCGAGCCCCCGCGGCCGCUCCCAGAGCGACCUGUCGUCGUGCUCCAGCAGGGGCCGCCCGCUCCGGGUCCACAUCUCCGGCUCAGUUGAUGGACUGGACAAAGCUUCUCUAGCAAAUUCAGAUGGCCCAACAGCAGGCUCACAAACACCUCCCUUCAAGAGAAAGGGGAAACUCUCCACCAUCGGUAAAAUCUUUAAACCUUGGAAAUGGAGGAAAAAGAAGACCAGUGACAAAUUUAGAGAAACCUCAGCAGUAUUAGAAAGGAAGAUAUCCACAAGACAAAGUAGAGAGGAGCUGAUAAGAAGGGGCGUUCUUAAGGAGUUGCCUGAUCAAGAUGGAGAUGUAACAGUUAACUUUGAAAAUUCAAACGGGCACAUGAUACCCAUCGGAGAGGAAUCUACCCGAGAGGAAAAUAUAGUAAAAUCUGAAGAAGGUAAUGGCUCUGUAGCUGAAAAGGCGCCACCUCUGGAGGAAAAGGCAGAAGAUAAGAAAGAGAACACUGAAAACCACUCUGAAACACCGGCAGCUCCUGUUCCAUCUCCUCCAGCUCUUCCUAAGCCUAAACCCAAACCUAAGCCCAAAAAAACACCUGUGCCUCCAAAAGGGGCUACCGCCGGGGUCAGCCCCAAGGGUGACGAAGUGCCUCCUAUUAAAAAAAUUACCAAGGCGCCUGGUAAGCAGGCCCCCAUCCCUCCACCCAAGCCAACGAGCCGAAACACGACCCGAGAGGCUGCUGGUUCCUCUCAUUCAAAAAAAACAACUGGGUCCAAAGCAUCAGCUUCACCAUCUACUUCCUCCACCUCGUCUCGUCCCAAAGCUUCAAAGGAGACACUUUCUAGCAAAACAGGGACAGUGGGAAUCACAAAGGGCAAGAAAAAAACUGGCAAGCAGCCAACCUCUCGACUGGCCUCGGAUGCAACCACGUCUGGCAUGUCCGACCUUAAAGGAGAACCUUCUGAGAUGAGGGUGGAGAGUCUCAAACCUGAGCAGACUGUCCCCGGGACCGAGGAGCAGACCACAGGCAAAUCUAAGUCUGCAGUCCCCCCACCUCCUGUGGCUCCACCACCUUCUCCCCCCGCCCCUCCUCUUCCUCGUGAGGAGCAGUGCACUGUUGCCUCAGACACUCCUGUUGUCCUGGUCAGUGAUGGAACUGACCUGCCCAUCCCUGCCUUAGACACAAGUCAGCUUCUCUGGACCGAAGAGCCCACCAACAGAACCACUGUCUUCUCAGGCCCUGGCUUAAGUGUUAGCAGAGAAAAUGCAAAAUGUUUUACAACCAAAGAUGAGCCGGGAAAGGUAGCCCCUCCGCUGCUGACUCCUGGGCUGUUGGGAGAAUCUUCAGAAUCCUUCAGUGCCCCUGAGGACGAAGGCCAAAGGGAGUACCAGACCAAUGACUCAGACUCUGAUGGGCCUGUCUUGUACACUGAUGACGACGAUGAUGAAGAGGAUGAGGACGAGGACGGCAGUGGAGAAAGUGCUUUGGCAAGUAAAAUACGACGGAGGGAUACUCUUGCUAUCAAACUUGGCAACAGACCGUCAAAAAAGGAACUAGAGGACAAAAACAUCUUGCAGCGUACAUCUGAAGAGGAGCGGCAGGAGAUCCGACAGCAGAUUGGAACAAAGCUCGUCAGGAGGCUUAGCCAGAGGCCCACGACUGAAGAGUUAGAGCAAAGAAAUAUCCUAAAACAAAAGAAUGAAGAAGAAGAGCAAGAAGCAAAAAUGGAACUUAAGCGCAGACUCAGUAGAAAGCUCAGCCUGAGACCCACAGUGGCAGAGCUACAAGCUCGAAGGAUCCUGCGGUUUAAUGAGUAUGUAGAAGUCACCGAUUCUCCCGACUACGAUCGCCGGGCAGACAAGCCCUGGGCCAGGUUAACACCUGCAGACAAGGCAGCAAUAAGGAAAGAACUAAAUGAAUUUAAAAGCACAGAAAUGGAAGUUCAUGAAGAGAGUCGACAGUUUACAAGGUUUCACCGUCCAUAACGAAGUGUGAGACUCUUUGGAAACAUGGACUGAUCAUCUUUGGGGGAAGCCUCUCUUCCUGAAAACCUGAUAUUGCACUGGGAUUUGAAUGUGUGUAUUUCCGUUUAACUGGUGAAGGAAGUGUAUGGGAAGUGCUCCCUGCCUGCAUGGCCCAGGUGGGGCCAACAAGCAAUGGGAGGGGUGCAUGACUCUGCUGUCCAGCAUGCGUAUUAAUGGUAAGCAACACCAUGGUCACACCAGUUAUUCUCCAUCAGGAGUUUUAAUCAAAGAAGAUGAGCAGAAGACAAUCGCUGGCUCCCUGUUACCAGAAAGCCAAAUUGUGGAGUACGGGUUAAAGAGAAAUCGGGGCCUGGAGCUGCUGGGCACGGGAAAGGGGUGGGGGUGGAAAAUCAGAAAAAAAGAUAAAUAUUUCAUUAUGUUAAUGAAGAAAAGAGAAAAUCAAAGCAUAAAUAUUUUUGAAGUAGGCUUUUGGUAGCUGAGAACUUACUAAGAUAUGGGAAUCUAAUCACCUAAUGUGGAUUCCUUAAAGACCUGAUCCUAGAAGAAUAUUCUCAUUCCACCGUUAUGUUGGUGCAGUAUAGUACCAUGAUUUUGCGUUGUGCCAGUGAAUCCAAUUGCCAGAAAUAAGUCUGAGUGUUUUCAUGCAUCUUUUUCUUAAAUGCAAGAGACUUUUAUUGACUCUUAACAAGCAUGCCUGUCCAAAUUUUGUUGCAUGUUUUAAGUAGCAUAGCUAUACACACUUUUUUUUUAUACUCCUUAUCUAAUGUACCAAACUUCUACAAGGAUAACAGGACUGGGAAUAAAGUCAGAUGAAUGUGAUCGUAUAAAUCUGUAGGAAGCUUUAGAAAUAAAUCUUUUGAUCUUUCCCUAGCUCGAUUAUCUUCAAAAUUGAGGCAACCAUACUUGAUCUAAGGAAGAGAAUAUUGACAAUCACAGCAUGUUUUUUAAAAAUCUGAGUCCAAAGUUAAAACUUAAGCAAAUGCAAGUGUUCUGCCAGCAGUUAGUUCUGAAUGGGCAUGGAAAGGACUACUUAUUUUCAGAGCUGCAUUAAGUUAGAUUGCUGCUAUUAAAAAAAAAUUAAGUAUGUGGAUCAAAAAAGUACCCGAAGGCUUAAAAGAACACAGAAAAUUCCUGCUAAGUUGCAAGUGAGGAGAACCUCAUUUUGUAUUUUAAGAGUCUGCAGAUUGCAUCCAUAAAUAUAGCAUUGACUUGCAAUGCAAAAGAAUGAGUGAGAUUAAAGGUUUCUCUGUGAAGGAAGGUUUCUCUGUGAGCCUAUAGUCAGUAUUGUUUACAUUCAGAAACCCUCAAUUGCCAUCUUGCUAUUUUCCCUGGAGUUGCAGGCACAGCCUGGCUUCUGCUCCCAAAUACCAGAUGUAAAUACUACCUUGCAUUCAGUUGUUCUUUCAUGGUUGUUUUGUGCUCCUUUUAUUAAAAACACAUGAGACAUAUAAUAACAAGACAAGACUAGUAGACUUUAUUUUAUUCUCAGAGCUUGGGCUGGAAUUUUAUGAAGUGCUUCUGGUUCAUGAUAUGGAAGACUGUAAAUUGCAAUUUCAACCAAAAAAGCAAACAUUUACUCUGGUGGAUAAGUUUGGAUCCUGUCAUUCAUUUAUAUUUUAUAGAACCACUAAAAUUGGGUGAUUUUACUUAAAAAUAAAAGGCUUUAGAAAAAGCCAGGACCAUUUUAUAUCUAAGAAAAAUAAGCAGCAUUGUUACACCUUUUGCCAUACUCAGCUCUGUGCAUAAUAAACCCAGAUUUUGCGCUGUUGCUAUUUCAUUACUAGUUUAAGAUGAAACAAAUGUUCUGUAUGCCCAGGUGUCUUUCUUUGGCUCAAAGGUUUUGUACAUUUCAUAGUAUUUAAAUCCAACCAUGGAUGUUAACUUUGUUCUAAUUUUUUGGCCGAAGCCAUUCUUUUCCUUAAUAUUGUAUUAUCAUUGUUGUGUCUUGGGAAAAAUUUCAAGGGAUAUAAUGUUACUUUAAUUUUCUAUACUUCAAGUCCUUAAAUGUUGUACUAAUUUUUAAUCACGAGGCUUCUAUAAAAUGGUAAAUAUAAGAUGUUAUCACUGUUUUAGCACUGAAGAUACAGGUCAUAGAAAGUCUCUACUUGGUUGGUAAAAGAAGCAGUUUUUUCUCACUCCUGGUGCAUGUGAUGAAGUUUUUAAUCCCCUACAAUGAGAUGCACCCCAGUACAAAGAUGAGACUCCAGUCCCUCCAUAUGCUCUUUUGCUUAUAUGAUAUGUCAGAUUUUUGAACCACCCACACUUUAUACCAAUUGACACAUUUAGAGAAAAGUUUAAAAGUUAGAGCGAAAUUUAAAAGUCACAAAUAUUACCACUGCUAGUCUAAUAUUUAAGAAUUGAAACCGCCAGUUACAUCAUUAGAAUGAUUCGAAUAGAAGGAUUGUGAGCUAACCUGUAUUUUUCAGAAUAAGUCUCUGCAUUCAUAGCUAAUUUUAAAGGGCUUUUAUUUAUUUGACAAACAGAGAUCACAAGUAGGCAGAGGGGCAGGCUGGGGUGGUGGGGGAGGAGCAGGCUCCCCGCUGAGCAGAGAGCCCAUUGCAGGACUCUAUCCCAGGACCCUAGGAUCAUGGCCUGAGUGAAGGCAGAGCCUUAACCCACUGAGCCACCCAGGCGCCCCCUUCAUAGCUAAUUUUAAAAGGUAGAAACACUGCAUAUUCAGCAUAUCCAGCAACCUGUCCACAGGUCUCUUACCUGGCAUCCCUAAAGAUGUGGACCACGCUCCAUAUAAUUAGGCCUCUGCCCAGUGCCAGCAUUUGGAGUAUCCAACCAAUAAGCUGCAGUUCUAUGAAAAAAAAUGUGUGUGUGAAUUGGGCUGUUGUAACACAGCACCAGCCUUUUCCCUAUUUAAAGUGAGACAUUAGGCUGACAUAGAGGAAGUGAGUGAGUUUUCCUGAAUCCCCAAGAUAUGAUUAGGGAAGAAAACAAACCCAUAUCCAGGAAGAUCUCUGGCAGGAAGGAACCAGACAGACUGUAAAACACAAAGUGGCCAUUUCUCUCUUUUUUUUUAAAUGGAGCAAAAGAACAUUAACAUUAAGCUGGUAAGAAGACGCCCUGGGCUUUACAGCAUCUUUGUGGGCUGAUGAAAUUAGUCCUCUGCAUUAAUUUAAGGCAACCCUGCCUGAUAAUUCCCUGUAUAUGUGAAAUGUCUUACUUUUUUUAUAUUUGGUAUAAUUUACCUUUAUGUUAAUCCUUUAAAUUAUUUAAACUAAAUCUAUAGUAUUCAGAGAACCAUUUGGGAUAUGUGAGUAGCUGUUUGAAAUGGAGGAAAAAGCAAACUCAUCUAUCUCUCUGAUUUUCCCAGAAAAACAGGCUUUCUGAUUUCAUUUUCAUGUCCUUUAUUAGCAUAAUGAUUGUAGUCUUGUAUCUUUUUCUAAUGCUAGUAAAUAUGUCCUGUUAGAAAGUUUUGAAAUGUAAGUGAAAAUCUAUUUUGGCCAGUAAAGGAAUCAAAAACACCCUUCAAAAAUCAUCAGAUACUAAAAAUGAGAGAUAAUUUCUUAAAACCCAUAAUUUGGGUUUCACAUCCUGCAACAAUUCUGUGCUACCUUGGGACUUUGAAAAAAUCCAGUAGCUUACAAUUAAAAGAGAAAAAACUCUGCAUUAACACUGCAUGUCCUGAUUUAUGUACCACAUUUUAAGAUGUAACAGGCAUUGUAUUUAUAUGCAAUAGUCAGACAGACACAACUUUCAAAAAUGAUAUGUGUUCACGAUAGAAAAAGACAGUCUCGCCUACCACAUAGUAGCAUGUACAUAUUUAAAGAGUGAAAUCUGUCUUUUCUCCUUUUUCUCAAAAAUUUCUUCAGUUUAUUAUUUUUUAAGUGGUCCCAGCAGCACAUUAAACACAGUGAGAAGUUUUCCUCAAAAUAGGUAAGAUGGAAGAUACGUACAUUUAUGUCAUUUCAUCAGUACAGUAGCUGCAGCAUUCCUAAAUUCCAGUCCUAUUAUUAUCCCUAACCUUACUAGUAAAAGUACAUCACUUGAGACAAGAACUAAUUUCUUCACAUCAUCAGAGUAUGAUGUGAGCAGUAAGGAACCACUAAGAUGUAAUUUAUUUACAGAGUUGUUUUUUUUUUUUUUUUUAUCACAGUCAAACAACAAUACCGCCGUAUAUAUUUAUGAAAUUCUGCGGUCACAGAAACAGUUUAAAAUAAAGUAAGGAUUUCACACUAUGAAUUCAAGAGUGUAUUUUCAAUAUGAUAAAACUGAGACACUUAAACCUUCUGUAACAAAUGUGAACUGUGAACGCUGAACUCAAUAUUGCCCAAUAACAAAAGUUAAAUCAACAGAAUUUAUUUAGCCCUUAUUACAUUCUCUUUAUAUAUAUAUGUAUAUAUAUAAACCAUAUAUUCCAAAAAUAUAUGACUUGCUUCUUGCCACUGGCUAGCUUUGGCUUCUGGAAAUAGGUUAUGUGCCACUAUGAGUAUUUUCUGUCCUCUUACUGGCAGGCUAUAUCAUUAUUUUGCUUGGCAAAGCAGAAUGAACUUCUGGAACUGAAAUAUGUCCAAGAGGGGAAUGCAAUGGCAAAAGUCAUCAUCAAAUUAAUAGAACCAUGUUUCUGAGAGAAAGCUCAUCUUUAGGUAGCUCAAAUCCAAGUUUCAAAGAGCAGCAUGAGGAACUCCUAUAAUUUGCCAGAGACCAAAGGAUGGUGGGGACAACGGUAGAAUAGUCCCAGACCAGUUGUCAUUUUCACUUUCCCCUUAUUUUUCGUAAUAACUAAACUUAAGUUCUGUAUGAAAAUGGGAAUCACCGUUAGCAUACCUGGAAGACAAUGGAAGCAGAGUUCACAAGGUCAUUCCAAAUUAAGAAAUCCGACUACAUAUACUGUCAGAUUUUUGGCAAAAAUAAAAUAUAAAAUAAAAUAAAAUAAAUAAGAAUCCUGUGGCAGCAAUUCUCACCAAAGGCCAGCCUUAUAGGCAGAAGUCAUUUUUAGCCAUGCUAGGAUUUACUGUACAAAAAGUGUCAUUUAGCCUGUCGCAUUGCUGCCACAAACUGCACCUAUGAGCCCGGCACUGUUGAUCAGUGUUUCUCAGUGGGGUGCUGUUGGCCUUUAGAGCUGGGUAAUUCUUUGUUUACAGAAAUGUUCCCUACACUGCAAGAUGUUUUAUAUCCUAAGUCCCUGCUGACUAAAUGCCAGGAGCAUGCCCAGUCCCUGUAAAAACCGAAAGUCAGAAACGCUCCCCUGUGUCCAAAGGCCCUCUAAGGCAGGACCACCUCCCUUCAGUACCACUAUCUACUGCAGUUUGAGGACAUGCAGGGAAAAGUACCUAUUUCAAAAACCUCGUCUGGGCUGCCUUGCAUACUUUGGGCUUAAUAGUUUCUUCCCCUUUAUUUUUCAAACCUUCUGCUCCAGUGAAUCUUUAACUUGCCAGCUCUACAGGGAGGAGGUUGCUGGGUGGCCUUGGCAGUUUCAGUGGGCAGAGUCACUUGGCUAGUCCCUGUAUGUAGUUACAGGAGAAAUUUCAAAUGAAGCAAACUUUUUUUUCGGUUUUGGUCUCACAGUUUUACCUGAGGACUACAUUGUUGGUCACCAUCUUUGUCAGUGUCUUGAGGAUUAUUAACAUAGCUUAAUCCCAAAUACAGCUACCAAUCCACAUGAACAAAACUGGUGGUCCGUGAAAAUCCCCAUUAAAUUUCACCAGUAAGAUGCAUCCCUUGAGUUACAAAGCAAUCCCCUGUUUACCUGUUAAAGAAGCAUUUAAUCCACAGGCACAUGCUUGAAUUCUCCCCUGUAUAAUGAUAGUCAUGCAGUUCAACUUUUGUAAAAUGUGUCAGUACUGAAUGAUGAAGGAAGCGUGGAUUACCUGGAUUGCACGCAUAUCGUUCAUACUUCCGUGAUGGUCAUGCACAAUUCAAGAUGGCUUCACCUCGUUGAAACAUUACUGAGCUAUGCUAACGAUACAUAAACAUAUUCUCUGUUGCUUCUUCUCACCGAAACUGAAUGGUUAAAUAUGUCUUGAAAUGAUGUGGAUCCAUUGUGGCUAAUCAAAUGGAAGAAUUUAGCCACUAUAAAUUUUCUAAGUAUUAAAAUUUCCAACUAUCUUUUUCGAGACAGAACAACUGAAGAGUUGAUAAAGGAGGUUAUAUAGGGAAUUUUUAGAUGGUGCUUAAGAAUUCUUAUCUUGUUAAAUACCAGUAUUUUUUUUUCUUUUUAAGAAUAACUUAAAGGGAGUAAAUGAGGCAGAAUGCCACUCUACCCUCAGGUCAAUUUCAUGGUAUGUUAAAAUGCCAAUAAUAUUUGUGCCACUUGCCAAUUUGGGGGGCUCCUCCCUUACUGGAUGCUUUUGCUAUAAUUUGUAUCAUUACACUGCUUAGAGAGCCUUCACGAAAAGACAUCACCUUUGCAGUGCUAAGUAGCAUUUGAAAACAAUCUGAAUAAAUUUAGGGUCACACCACUUUCAUUACUUAAAAUAUAGGCACUAAUUUUUAUUUUUUAUUUUUUUAAAUAUUUCUUCUGUGGCUUAGACAUGUGCCAAUGUGUUCAAAACAUUCUGCACCAAUUUCCCCAGAUGUAGUACCUAGCAAAAACUCAAACUUGUCAUUUUUUUCUAUGUAAUAGUGAUUUUUAAAUAAAGAACUGUAUGCAUUUGUUUGUUAUUUUAAUCUUUGGUUAAAAGUGAUUAAGAAUGGUAAGCUGUGAUCAUUAUCAGACUGACUGAAUGAUUCCUGAUUUCCAGUAAGUGAUCUAAUUAUACAUAUUACACAGGUACAAUAUCUGUGAGUGUAAGUAACUGGAACUGUACACUGAUUAACAUGACAGUUUCUCUUUUUUUGUUGUUCUUGAUCUGUACUGUAUUAUAGUAUGUGGGUAUAAAUACCUACACAUAUACACAGAUAUGUAUAUGUAUUCCACUAUUGUAACCUGAAAGACAGACUAUGUAUUAUCUUUUUUAUUCCUUACUGGUGUUUGUGUUAUUUAAAAAGCAAAAUUAUGCUCUAUUUAGUUGUAUAAUAUUAUAGGAUACUUUGCUGUGCACAAUUCCAAGUGCCUUAGAACAUUGUUUAGCUUUCUUAAGUAUAUAUAAAUGCAUAUAUGUAUAAAAUUGGGAAAAGUUACCUCAAUAAAAUCAUUGGGAAAUCCCCAA